AUGAAACCUUUAGCGACAUCUCCCUUGCCUAAGGACAAGAGUACAAUUUUCGUCUCUGAUUUAUGUUCCAUUUGCUUCCUGCCCAACUCUGGUUGUCUUUUCUUUGGUCAUUGCUUUGCAAUUGAAGAAAGCAGCAAGAACAGAAAACCAAAGUUUCAUAGAUUUAUUUAUGAAAGGUUCAAGAAAUGUUUCCGCACCCAAUGCUUCAAUCGAGAGUUAAUGGGAAAACUUUUACUUUAUGUGAUGGCUAUCAGAGGUCUAAGUUCACCCUUGAACAACACAAUAAAGAAAGAGCGUGGAAUAAGAAAUGAGAUCGUCGCAAGAAGAGUACUUAGCUAG